UAGCACCUCAACCAGACCAGGCUAUUGCAAAGUGCAGUGAGCACAAAAGCUAGACACCAUGUCAUGCUAUGGGAGAUAUGGAGGAGAGACCAAAGUAUAUGUUGGCAACCUAGAAACCGGUGCUGGUAAAGGAGAAUUAGAAAGAGCCUUUAGUUAUUAUGGUCCCUUAAGAACUGUAUGGAUUGCCAGAAAUCCUCCAGGAUUUGCCUUUGUGGAGUUUGAAGAUCCAAGAGAUGCAGAAGAUGCAGUCCAGGGUCUGGACGGAAAAGUGAUUUGUGGCUCCCGAGUAAGAGUCGAAUUGUCAACAGGCCUGCCUCGAAGAUCCCAAUAUGAUAGACCACCUGCACGCUGCCCAUUCGAUCCUAAUGAUAGAUGUUACGAGUGUGGGGAGAAAGGUCAUUAUGCUUAUGAUUGUCAUCGCUAUAGCCGGCGAAGGAGAAGCAGAUCACGAUCCAGAUCUCACUCAAGAUCCCGAGGAAGGAGAUAUUCUCGCUCACGAAGCAGGAGCCGUGGAAGGAGGUCAAGAUCUGCAUCUCCUCGAAGACCUAGAUCUGCAUCUCUGCGUAGAUCUAGAUCUGCUCCAAUUCAAUCUCGAUCAGGUUCUUUAAAAAGAUCAAGAUCAUCCCGUUCAAGAUCCCGAUCCAGGUCCAGGUCUCUUUCAAGACCUAGAAGCAGCCAAUCAAAGUCCAGAUCACCAUCUCCAAAGAGAAGCCACUCACCUUCUGGAAGUCCUCGCAGGAGUGCAAGUCCUGAAAGAAUGGACUAACGUGAAAAAAAAAUUGCCUUUUAGGAAGAAAAUUAUUUUGUUUACCUUAUUAUAAGAGAUUUUGUGAUAUCUGUUCAAUGCAAAUGUAACCUAGAAGGGUAUUUGAAUCAUCUAAUAAUCAGAAUGGAUCUGGAUAUUUUAAGAGUUCUGUAAACCUACAUCAACAAAGUAGUAUUAAUUUUUUGUUUUAGAUA